AUGGCAAUAUCUAAAGUAUUGUUGAUUUUAAACGUACUUUUCUGUAAGAUCCCCCAAAGCCUUCUUUCUCAUCGGUGCUUAGCUAAAGGGCCAGGUAUCAUAGAGUGUUCUGGACGUGUGUGGACAGAACCAGCCCCAAUCAUUCAAAUGGGCCAAAAUGUUUCUAUAAAUUGCCAUUGCAUGGAAAACUGUCAGAAAGGAAAACUAUCUCUGAUCUUAAAUAACAAUGAAGUUGAGGAUACACUCCUGUCAGUUAUUAACCAAACUACAGUCCAGCUCAACCUUCAGAAUUAUAAUAAGCCCUUUUCCACAGUGUCAUGCCUUCUCAAAAGUGCUAGCCGACUGAUCUGUGGAACACAAUUUUGCAUGGGAUAUCUGCCUGAAAAACCAGCCAAUUUAACCUGCAUUAAACCUGAGCAAUCAAGUAAUAUGAUCUGCACUUGGGAACCAGGAAAGAAAACACAUUUAAACACUAACUACAUUCUGUAUGUGAAAAGUUUAUUCACAGAAGAGAACAAAGAAUUUGUCUCAAACAAUAGCUCAAUUAUCAUUCCGUUGAAUCAACUACAGAAAAACCAAACUUUUUCCAUCUCGGUCCGUGCUGAAAAUUAUUUGGGUGGAAUUCGUUCAGAAGAACUUCAUGUUGAUCUCAACACUAUAGUAAUACCAGCUGUCCCAGUUGUUGUUCAAAAUAAAACAAUGGAGUCUCCAGCAUUCAAGACGAUAAUACAUUGGAAAAGGCAAACAGCAAUCAAUGAGACGCAUUGUGAGGAGCGAUAUAAGGAGACAAUAAGUGAAAUUUGGCAUGUGAGAGACUGGGAUGCUAAUUUAAGAAAUGAACUUAACACCGAGUACAACUUAGAUGCAAAUACGAAGUAUGAGUUUCAAAUUAGAUGCAAAUUAACACAGCCCAGAAGUCUGUGGAGCAGAUGGAGUGAAUCUACAGUAUAUAUUACUCCAGAGAAGGAACCAGCUGCGGUACUUGAUGUAUGGAGGAACUUCGGCCCACUUUAUCCCAAUAGUACCCAAGAAGUGACUGUCUUGAUCAAGCCGCUGUCUCCAAAGGAAAGCAGAGGAAAAAUUCUGAAUUAUAGAAUAUUUUAUGAAAAACAAGGAAAGAAGGUGGAUUUAUGUAAAACAACAGAAAUACAUUGCAAAGUGAGGGUGCCCCCAGCGGUGACCAUUAUUUAUGUGACAGCACACAAUUCCAAAGGAAGUUCCAAACCAGCAAAUAUUAUAGUGAAACAACCGCCUCACAAUUACCAAGCUUUCCCACCCCCUACUAAUAUCAAAAUAUUAUCUGAUAAACAGAAAGGAAUUUCUGUUAAAUGGGAACCUCCUAAAUCUAUUGGAAAAACACUUUUAUGGUACAUAGUGGAAUGGAUUUCUGCAAACUUCAGUCAUUUUCAUCAUAGCAUUGUUGCAUGGAAGAAAGUCCCUUUCCAAAAUACAUCAACUUCUAUUGAAGAAGGCAUCGGAAUGGGAGAGAACUCUGUCAUUUCAGUAUAUGCUGUGUAUCAGAAAGGCAUCAGCCGAGCCAGCUCUAUCCAGAGGAAUGAUGAUUACGAUACUGGGAUUCUGUUGGGAACUGGUGUUGGAGUGGCUUUCUUAUCAAUCUCUGUUUUCACUUUGAUUGCAAUUAAAUCGUGCAGAAAAAGGGUUAACAAAAUGGUUAGCUCGGUAGCACCAAAAUGGCUUUAUGAAGAAUAUCCCAAGAUACAAAACAGCAAAGUAAUCAAAUAUCUCCAGGAAAAUGAUGCUGUGACAGACAAUUUUUCCGAGCCAUUUUUGGAUGUUGUGGUAACUGAAGUUGAAGAAAUAUUGAUCCAGGACCACUAUAGGGCUGUGGAGAAAAAAAAGGAGGGAAGCAAAACAGUUUCUGAGGAAGUCAGUAGCUCAGAAGAUGUACUGUUUGCCAGCAAUUUGGAUGUAACUACAAGAAAUGGGUAUAAACCUCAGAUUUCUAAUAAGGCUCAAUUGAGAACUAGUUCCAGCACCACCGGUGAAACACCUUUUCAAAACUGGGGCACCAAAUCAAAUUCAAUUGUUACGCCCAUAAGCAAUUUAAGAAAAGAUUACACCAGUCCUGUGGCCCCCACGUGGCCUAUUGUCGACCCAAAUGAAAAUAAGUCUUUAUUUGAUAAAAUCAGCCUUAUUCUCAGGAAUAGUGGAAGUGGGCAAAGCAGGGGCGGCUCAAAAGAUGAAGACCCAAGAACCCAAAAGACACACCAGUUGAGGCUUCUGCUUUCGGAUGAAGAUAUUCAAGAACAGACUUUAAUACCAGACAAUCUAAUUCCUUGCUUAAAAACAAUGAAUGAAGACCGGACCAACAUGUCUUAUUUCCCUCAAAACGCUGUUUACUAUGACAGUUGAAGAAAAAGGAUAUAUGCUUUGCACAAAGGACGGAAACUCUGCAUUUUCAAGCAGCGUA